GAGACUUGUGGGUUAAAUAUACACGUUAUUUACAUUUACAGUACACGUCGCUCGUAAACCAAACCUUGUGAAAACGCUGUGCUUCCACAAAACACAUAUCGACCGAGAAACAUAUGACACGAUCACAAGAAGGGAGACUGAUGUUGCUGCAUAAUCUCGGUGCACGGUAAUUUGGAAUAUACAGAGAAUGGAUUCCAAGGAAGUAAAGAAUGCUCUGAAGAAUGCAAGGGAAGCAAUUCGGAGCAAAGAAUUCAAGGAAGCUCUCCGACAUUGCAAGUCUGUGCUGGCUAGUGACAAGACUAACUACAAUGCCCUGGUGUUUGUGGGUGUGGCUGCUGAGGGUCUAGAGCAGGCUGAUCAGGCACUGAAGGCUUACAAAAAAGCCAUAGAUGCAGCGCCAGAGCAGAUUCUAGCAUGGCAGGGCCUGUGUGGGUUUUAUGAAAAGAACCCAUCUCCAGACAAUGAUGUGGACCUGGCAAGUGUUUACAAGAAGCUGAUGUCUCUGCAGGAAAGUGACAAGGAGAAGAUGCUGGACAUUGGGAGGAAACUAGCCAAGCUUCAGGGGAAGCUGGGGAAUGUGGACGAGGCUGUGAGCAUGUACCAGCGUGUGCUGUCAGGCGACGUGGGAGGACAGCAGCGGAUGAACACACUCAUGUCCCUGUUUGAUAUCCUACACAGUCAGAAGACUCUCUCUGCUGAAUAUCAGAAACUGAUGUUGACGACAUGUAAGGAGGCGGUGUCACUGGAAGACCUGCCAGCAGAGGGCAGUGAGCGGCUGAUACACCAGUACUUGGAGCUGCUGAUCAAGCAAGGUCCCCGGUCCAGCCUUUGUGAAGAAUGUCGAAGUCUCCAUACCCGGUUCCCUGCCGACCCCUACAUCCUGGAGACCUGGACUGUGUUGCUGCUGGAGGAUCUCCUCCUGGGUUCUAAUGAUACUGUCAGCUCCAGUCUGAGAGAUGUGUCACAGAAGCUUGGAGCCCUGUCAGCCAACAACCCGUAUGUUAGUCUGUCCCAGGGAGUGUUCCACCUGGCAGACCGCAAGCUGAUGGAGGCAAGGGACCUCCUUCAACAAGGAAUGAACAGUCUUACCAGAGUUGUGAGUGGCUAUGUGUUCUUAGCAAGAUGUCACCAGCAACUACAUGCAGUGUUGGCUGGUGUUGAAGUCUCUGAUAGAGGGCUGAUGGCACUAGAGAAGAAGAAUAGACUAUUGACAGUGCCCAGCAAAUCCAUCACCUGUGAACUCCAGCUCCUGAAAGCAACCUGUCUGUAUAGGGUUGGUUCACCCCACACUCUAGCUCAGGCACGGGAGAUACUGUCACAGGUAUGUAUGUAAAAGUUCUGAGUCGAGGACUCUCCUGGUGUAUGUUUGUCUGAAGCAAGGAAAUGUAGCAGAUGCACAG